CUUUGUGAAGAUUCAAGUGUUUCGACAAUACGGUUUUUCAAGAUAACUUCAAUAUUAUUUUUCGAAGACAGGAAGUACUGUUAUUGCUCUAUAGUUUGUAGAAUCUUUAGCACUACCUUUAUUCUUAAAUACAGGUGAAAGAAGGCCAAUCUUCAUUGAUUCUGGAAUUUGACCACUUUGGAACGCUCCAUCAAUCAGAUUCAAUAAUGCUAAUUUAAAAUCAGAACCAGCAUACAUAACAUGUUCAGUUGUCAAACCGUAAUAAUCAGCUGAUUUACCUUUGUUUAUCUGCUUUAUUGCAACAUUAAGUUCUUUUUCACUAACAGGAGAUAUGGGAUAAUCUUUUACAACUUCUUGUAUGGCUCGAACUUCAAGUAUUACCUGAUUAUUGUAAUCUGAGUCAAACAUUUUACAGUUACUGUCUCGAGCAAGCUUUUCAAAAUGUUUUUUUAAACCCAUUUGUAAUUUCGUUACCCUUAAAAAUUUCUCUAUCGACAUUCAAAUCAUCAAUGAAAUUUUUCAGUGAACUUUUCCUUUGUUUAUUUACCAAAGAAUAAAUUAAUUUGGAAUUGCUGAUUCUUGCUUUUAGCAUGCGAUCACGUUCAAUGAAGUGUCUUCUGGCAUGCUCACAUCUUACAGAACUUCGAAAUGCUGACUUACACUGCUUUCUCUGUAUAUAUGCUGUGGGAUGCUUCGUUGGUUUGCCUGCGCUAGCCCAAAGACGUACUGCAACUCAGAGAUGUUUCAAGUUUUUGGAGAUUUCGGCGUUCCAUACUUGUAGGCGAGGUUGUGCCUUUCUCUGUUUACGAUAUAUGCACACAUUUCCAGGAUGUUCCAGCAUAAGAGAAUACAUACAAGACAGAAAGUGUUUGAUUCAAGCAGUAAUCUUAACACAGAUGUAAUAAAACGAAAGGAAAAUGAGCAUUUUAAAUGUGAUACUUGUGAUCGUGCAUUUAGUGCUAUGAAAAAUCUCAAACAGCACAUAAAAACACACAUAGGAGAGAAGGUUAUUGUAUGUGAUAUUGCAUGUAAGACAAGUAGUUAUCUUAAGACACAUAUGACAACACAUACAGGAGAGAAACGUUUUAAUUGUGGUGCUUAUGAUUUUGUUUGUAAUACAAGCGGUAAUAUGAAAACACAUAUGAGAAUGCAUUCAGGACGGAAACAGUUUAAUUGUAACGAAUGUGCUUAUGCAUGUUUUAAAAUGAGUGCGUUGAAGGUUCAUAUGAGAGUACACACAGGGGAGAGACCAUUUAAAUGUGACGUCUGUCAUCGUGCAUUUAGUGCAAGGAAUGUUCUGACGAAACACAAGACGAUACACACAGGAGAGAAAAACUUUAAAUGUGCUGUUUGUGAUUAUGUAUGUACUAGGAGAAGUUCUUUGUACAAUCAUAAGAAAAUACACACAGGUCAGAAACCUUUUAAAUGUGAUUUUUGUGAUUAUGCAUGUAAUUCAAGCAGUCAUCUAAAGACACAUAUGAGAAAACAUACAGGAGAAAAACCUUUUAAAUGUGGUAUUUGUGGUCAUGCUAGUGGCGAUAGCUCUACGCUGAGGAAACAUAAGCAGAGACAUACAGGAGAAAAACCCUUUAAAUGUGACGUUUGUGACCAUGACAGUAGUAAUAGCUCUACCAUGAAGAGACAUAUGAGAAUACAUACAGGACAAAAGCCCUUUAAAUGUGAUGUUUGUGAUUAUGCAUGUAGUGAUAGCUGUGUGCUGAAGACACAUAUACGGAGACAUACAGGGAAAAAGCCCUUUAAAUGCGAUGUUUGUGAGUAUGCCGGUUGUUCAAAAGAUGAUCUGAGGAAACAUAUCCUGCUACAUACAGGGCUAAAACGGUUUAAAUGUCCUGUUUGUGACUAUGCAUGUUGUUCAAAAAGUGACAUAAAGAAACAUAUGCGAAGACAUACAGGAGAAAAACCCUUUAAAUGUGAUGUUUGCGAUUAUGCGUAUUGUUCAAGAAGUGUUCUGAAGACACAUAUUCUGAAACAUACAGGACUAAAACCUUUUAAAUGUCAUGUUUGUAACUAUGCAUGUUGUUCAAGAAGUGCCAUGAGGAGACAUACGCGUAGACACACAGGAGAAAAACCCUUUAAAUGCGAUGUCUGCGAUUAUGCCAGUAGUGAAAGCUCUGUGCUGAAGACACAUUUGCAGACACAUACAGGAGAAAAACCCUUUAAAUGUGAUGUUUGCGAUUAUGCAUGUUGCUCAAGAAGUGUUAUGAAGACACACGUUCUGAUACAUACAGGACUAAAACCUUUUAAAUGUCAUGUUUGUAACUAUGCAUGUUGUUCAAAAAGUGCCAUGAGGAGACAUACGCGUAGACACACAGGAGAAAAACCCUUUAAAUGCGAUGUCUGCGAUUAUGCCAGUAGUGAAAGCUCUGUGCUGAAGACACAUAUGCGGACACAUACAAGAGAGAAACCCUUUAAAUGUGAUGUUUGUGAUUUUGCAAGUAGUUAUAGCAGUGUGCUGAAGACACAUAUGCGGACACAUACAGGAGAGAAACCCUUUAAAUGUGAUGUUUGUGAUUUUGCAAGUAGUUAUAGCUCUGUGCUGAAGAAACAUAUGCGGACACAUACAGGAGAGAAACCCUAAAAAUGUGAUGUUUGUGAUUUUGCUUUUUAUUCGAAAUACUGUCUGAAGAGACAUGUUAUUACAACACAUACUGGAGAGGAGUGCUUUAACUGUGAUGUGUGUGGUCAUGACGAAACAUACUGAAGAGAAAGAUGUUAAUAAUAAUGUCUAGGAUUCUUUAGAGAAAGAAAUUUAGAGAUGAUACUUCAGAUUAUAACUGGUUUCAAAAUAUAAGAAGCCCGCCCGCUUAGCUCAGUAGGUAAGAGCGUUGGUCUACGGAUCGCGGGGUCGCGAGUUCGAUCCUUGGGCGGGGCGUAUGUUCUCCGUGACUAUUUGAUAAACGACAUUGUGUCUGAAAUCAUUAGUCCUCCACCUCUGAUAAUUCAUGUGGGGAAGUUGGCAGUUACUUGCGGAGAACAGGUUUGUACUGGUACAGAAUCCAGGAACACUGGUUAGGUUAACUGCCCGCCGUUACAUGACUGAAAUACUGUUGAAAAACGGCGUUAAAACCAAAACGAAAACGAAACGAAACAAAAUAUAAGAGGAUAUCUGUUUGUUAGCUCACCUGAGCAUGAAAUAACCAAGGAGGGCUAUUGUGGUCAGUGAUUGUCCAGCCUCGGUCUUCGUACCUUGUCCGUCAACAUUUUCCUUCCUUUAAAAAAUAUCUCCUCCUAAACCACUAGAGACAUGUUCCUCAGAUAGUUUUUCUUUAAUCUCAAGGUUAGCUUUUGUGAUCGCCCUGUGUCCGUCGUUGUCCGUCCGUUCGUCCAUCUGUCGUCAACAAUUUGACUGUUAACACUCUAGAGGUCACAGUUUUGACCUAAUCUUAAUGAAACUUGGUCAGAAUGUUACCCUCAAUAAAAUUUUGGACGAGUUUAAUAUUGGGUCAUCUGGGGUCAAAAACUAGGUCACCAGGUCAAAUCAAAGGAAAAGCUUGUUAACACUCUAGAGGUCACAAUUUUGGCCCAAUCUUUAUGAAACUUGGUCAGAAGGUUACCCUUAAUAAAAUCUUAGACGAUUUCUAUAUUAGGUCAUCUGGGGUCAAAAACUAGGUUACCAGGUCAGAUCAAAGGAAAAGCUUGUUAACGCUCUAGAGGUCACAAUUUUGGCCCAGUCUUAAUGAAACUUGAUUAAAAUGUUAUCCUCAAUAAAAUCUUGGAUGAGUUUGACAUUGGGUCAUCUGGUGUCAAAAACUAGGUCACCAGGUCAAAUCAAAGGAAAAGCUAGUUAACACUUUAGAGGCCAUAUUUAUGACCAUAUCUUAAUGAAACUUGGUCAAAAUGUUAAUCUUGAUGGUCUAUAGCUAAAGUUUAAAUCUGGAUGAGGUGGGGUUAAAAACUAGGUCACUAGGUCAAAUCAAAGGAAAAGCUUGUUAACACUCUAGAGACCAUAUUUAUGAUCAUAUCUUAAAGAAACUUGGUCAAAAUGUUAAUCUUGAUGGUCUAUAGCUAAAGUUCAAAUCUGGGUUAGGUGGGGUCAAAAACAAGGUCACCAGGUCAAAUCAAAGGAAAAGCUUGUUAACACUCUAGAGGGCAUAUUUAUGACUAUAUCUUUAUGAAACUUAUUCAGAAUGUUAAACUUGAUGAUCUUUAGGAUAAGUUCGAAUCUGGGUCAUGUCGGGUCAAAAACUAGGUCACUAGGUCAUAUUAAAGGAAAAGCUUGUUAACACUCUAGAGGCCAUAUUUAUGACUGUAUCUUCAUGAAACUUAGUCAGAAUGUUAAACUUGAUGAUCUUUAGGUAAAGUUUGAAUCUGGGUCAUGUUGGUUCAAAAACUAGGUCACGGAGUCAAAUCAAAGGAAUAGCUAGUUAACACUAGAGGCCACAUUUAUGACCAUAUCUUAAUAAAACUUGGUCAGAAUGUUGAUCCUGAUGAUCUUUAGGUCAAUAGGUCAGGUGAGCGAUACAGGGCCUUCAUGGCCCUCUUGUUUCCAAUUUUCUAGUAUUACAUGAGGUUUCAUAAAUUUAAACACAGUUCUCUACAAAAUUAAUGAUACUCCUGGUAUUUCAUGCCUUGGUGUCAGUAAGAUCUUGUGAAGAGUGAUUCAAGAAAUUAAUUUGACAUCAAUGGGCAAAUACUAAUAACAAUGAAAAUGAUAUUCAUUUAUUCUUAUUGUAAUAUAAUUGAUAAUAGUCUUGAUCCAGUCAGUUGUACACUUAUUAAAACAAUAAUAAAUUUAAAGUAAUUUUAAUUAUUAUGAAUACAAUUAUAACACAGAAUAUGACUCUUGUACAAUAAUGUAUUUAUAAGUGAUAUAGUUUUGAAAAACAUAGACUGAUAACAGUGAAAACAAUAUAGAUAUCAAAAUAAUAACUAAUAAGAUGGAUUAUCAUUUAUAUAACUUGGUAUGAAG